AUGAAUAAUAACGAUAACAGACAAGGAUUAUUGAACCAAAAUUCAAAUAUUUUUAACUAUAGAAUGAAUGAAAGAGUAAUUCAACAAAGAGAAGAACAAAAUGAUCCAGUACGACAGCAGCAAGCCCAGCAUCAUCAAAAUUCAAAUAUAAUUGAUACAAUUGGUGUCUCUAAAACACUAGGUAAUAAGGUCUUUGAUGAAUUGGAUUCAAGAACAACAUUGAAGUUUCAACAAUUAAGAGAACAACAUAAUGAUAAUAACAACAAUGAUGACUCAAACGAUCUUACAAGCAGUAACUUCGAGGAAUUUUUUAAAUCGAAACAUAACAUUCAGUUUAACAACAUGCAAAGUUUACAAGAUUAUAAAUAUCUUUACAAUAUUAACAUUAACGAACAACGACAGCAAGCAGAACAACAACAAGUUUUACCAAGAACUCCAAAGAAACAAAGUAUAGACACCAUCAUUUCCCAUAAUGAUGAAAAUAAUAAUAAUAAUCUAGAAUCACUUAAAAGAUUCAAAACUAAUGAUUCAACAUUUAGAACGAAAAGAAGAUCAAUUGUACCGACAGCAACUCCUGUCAGUGAUAUAACAAGACGAAUACGAAGAUUAAGAUUAAGAACCUCAAUUGCAAAUAAAAAGGAUGUAUCAAAUAACGAUGCAUUAUACUCAAUAAUGAAUACACCCUUAUCAAAUGCAAAACCUUUACAAAUGUCAUCUUCGAUACCACAACCGCCUCCGAAUGUAAACGUACCGCAACAUGAACCAACAUUUUUAAAACCCACUAUCAAUUUUCUAAAUAAAAUGAAGAGAUCUGAACCAAUCUUUAAAAAUUUGAAUACACAUAUCAAAAGCAAAAAUCCAAGUAUAAAUUCAGGUUUUUCUAAUGUACGGUUUUCAUCAGCGCCUAUUGUAGCUUCUUCUUCUUCUACCUCUUCAUCUUCCAAUAGCCGACCAGCAGUACCUGAUAAUACCCAUACAUCAAGAACAUCAUUUCGACCUCCGAAACUUAAACAACUACAACGAACGGUUCCACAUUCAGCUUCCAACUCUAUACUGAGAACGAAACAGUCAUACAACAACAACAACAUAGCCACUAAGAGUAGCAAUACUAAGACUGUGCCUGAAUCUGUAUCUAAUAAUCGGUCUGUAUUUGACAGAUUGUAUACUCAAUCAACUAUAUCAAGAUCAACAUCAACGAAUACCAUCAAGUUACCGGCAUCCUCAACAAAUAAAAAUAGGCAUACAAAUAUUACAAGUUCGUCAAUAAGUAAUGGUAACACAACUAAUAGCAAUAAAAUAUCAACCAUAAAAAUCGGCAGGAGUAAAACAAGUGGUACGUUGUCAUCAUCAUUAUCAUCAGCAUCGUCUACUUCAUCUACUAUGAAUACAAUUCAUAAUUCUAAAUCUAAUAAUAACAUAAACAUUAAUCAGCAAGAUUUUAAAAGGCCUGUUUGGAGAUGA